AAAAUAUUUUAAUACUUUCAACACUACUAUAUAACAAAUAAUUUGAGGAUGAACUAGCACAGUUUAAGGGAGACGUUAAGAUGGCCAGUAUUGUUCAACGUUUCCUCGAUUGGAUCAGGUCGCUGUUCUGGAAAGAAGAGAUGGAAUUGACACUGGUCGGUAUGCAAAAUAGUGGCAAAACUACUUUUGUUAACGUUUUAGCGUCUGGGCAGUUUAAUGAAGACAUGAUUCCUACAGUCGGCUUCAACAUGAGAAAAGUUACUAAAGGGAAUGUUACUAUAAAGUUGUGGGAUAUCGGCGGACAGCCUCGUUUUAGAAGCAUGUGGGAGAGAUAUUGCAGAGGUGUGUCCUGUAUAGUGUACAUGGUUGAUGCGGCAGAUCACGAGAGAUUAGAGGGGAGCAAGCAAGAACUUCACAAUCUACUGUCCAAACCUCAACUUGUUGGCAUUCCGGUGCUAGUUCUGGGGAAUAAGAAAGAUCUGCCAAACUCGCUGGAUGAAAACCAGCUUAUUGACAAGAUGGAGUUAAAGUUAGUGACGGAUAGAGACAUAUCGUGUUACUCGAUAUCCUGCAAAGACAAACACAACCUAGACAUAACGAUGCAGUGGAUAAUUUCACGAAACAAAAACAGAAAAUAAACAGCCCUAACACACCCCUCCUCCCCUUCCUACUGACUCUCAAAACUCCUCUGUCAAUGUUUAUUCCGUGUUAACAAAUAUAACCAUGUUUUAUAGUCUUAUUUGGAAAAAGACCAAAUCGAUGACUUCCAAAUUGUUUUGUGCUCAAUUCAGGUUUUAAGUUUGAUAAACUGCUUAGCUUGAGUUUAAAUAUUGUGUUUCUUGAGUUUUACUAUAUGAGGUAAAGAACGAUUGUGAGCCAAUGAUACCGCUGGACGAUCUGAAAUCACGGAGUUAAAUGAACUUUCUGGUUGUACAUUCAUCGAAACGAUGACAUUUUUAAGUUAACGUUAGUUUAACGUGCAUAAAUGUUUCAGUGUUACAUCAAAUAAUAGAGCAUGCAAUGGUCUGGUAGUUGUUUUGUCUUUUUGAAAAUUGGCAACUUUGACGAUGUUUUGAUUUACGUAUCUUUAUAAUCGUGGUCAGACCUACGAUUACAUGUAGUAAAUUGGUGAAAUAAAAGUUGCUUUGUCAAUUGAUUUUGUACGAGAAUUUAUUAUGAA